AGAACUCAAAACUAGUUGGAAAACUUAUAAUCAAACAGGUUUUGAAUUUUUAAAACUCUUUCACAAAAUUAUCUUUCAAAACUAAUUUCAAAACAAAAUGAAACACAUAAGAAUUUUUGGUGGCGCCUCUUCUUCGCAAAAGAUCUCUCUCAGGCAUGGCCGAAUCUGCAACAACUGAAGCCUCCGAAACCCUCAUAGAAGCAGAGCCCUCCACCCAAGACAUGGACCUUGAAAUCCCAAUCGCCGCCACCGAAGAACAACUCCCUGCCGCCGACUCGAAGCGUUCCAGGGAAGAUUCCGGCGAGGAUAGCGGCGGCGCCAAGAAGCUGAAGGUUGAGAACUCCGCCGAGGAAGACCGAUUGGAUCAACUGGAAGGAACUGAGGGAGAUAAGGAGUCGGAUCGGGUCAGCGUUGGACCCAAGAAUUUCGGAUCCUCUGUGGAGAUGUUCGAUUACUUCUACAAGUUACUUCAUUAUUGGCCCCCCAAUGUCAAUGUCAACAAGUGUGGGAGGUCUAUAAAAUGAUGCAAGUUCAUUUACAUGUGUAUGCUGUGGAGGGACCACUGGAGUUAUGAAUUGUGCUUUAUUUACCUUAGUCUCCUCCCCAACCCUUCUUGAUUGGCUGGGCUUGACGUUAGCCUUCUCAAACAAAGGCAGCAAGGCAUCUACUAUCACUCGGUUCUCAUAUGCAGACAUGGAGCCAAUGCUUGCUGAGUGUGCAGUAGAAGAGCCCUUCUUGGAUCAGUAGGAGGGCAACUGGAUUGGCCAGUUUUGGCUACAUUUUUUCUAUUUCCUUAACCUAUUUCCUGCCUGGCCAUUGAAUGGCCAUCACCUAGGUUGUCUUGCACUCCUUCAACCUCACCUCCAACUCUUCUCCAUUUUCAACCCUUUUCUCAGGGUCUUCAAAAACUUCGUGUUGUUUCUUCCUAGCCAUCACUCCAAAUUAGACAGGUCCCACUAGGCGUGCCAAAAUAUGUUUGUAAAAAUGUAGUUUUGGUCAAAUCGACAGAGAAACCAAACUUCCACAAACAACAACAAAUUAGACAAUUGUGGCUGGUGUUUUAUGCCUCGACAGCUUUAAGGACUUCUUUGGAGGUUGUAAUGUGAAAAACAAAUAUAAAUAAACUGAAAUUUGAUUGAAGAACAAGUAAACUUGCCACUUAAUUACAAGAAUUAAGUUACAAGUUCAAAAUGCAUAACAAUCGACAGAGAAAAACGUGGCCACGGAGGCUGAAUUACAAACAAACUACUCCUAAGUGCAAAAGCUACUUCUAAUUAAGUUAUAUUACUCCUAAUUCCACAUGGGUUGUGAAUUUUGUUGAAGGUUCUUUUCUCUUUGAACUUCCACCUUUUAUAUGACUUUCAAUGGCCCUGUUGUGCUGCCAUGUGCCUAUUGGCCAUGCUCUUAUAACUGCCCAUGAAUUGCAACUGCUGCAACUGCCUCUGAAUUCCCUUUUUUCCUGGUACUGCCAUGUACUACCUCCUCAUUCCUCUUUCUUGGGCCAUUAACUUUACCUCCUUUAUUCUUGGCCCUCUUCUGAAUGUGUUUGAGCCUCUGUCGAUAGAAAAUUUUAAACUUUUGGUGUAAACACCUCCUUAACAGCUUGCUUACGCAUGCGUUGGCAACAAAGAUUCUUUAUUUCUUGUCAUUUUCUCCUAUACUUGUAGAUGUUGCCUGAGCUUUUAUCAUGCUGAUUGUGGAUUUCAGUAGUUUGCAGGGCAGACUUUGUACAUUCUUCUCUUUUAGUUCAUUUCUAUUGGAAUGAGUAUUAGAUAAUCACCACAUAAUAAGUUACAGAGACCCAUGUUUCAGAGGUACUUCAAUCCUGCACUUGCCACAUUUCUGUGUGCCACUAAAAUCCUGUCUCGAGGUCUGGUAUGGACAGAAAGUAGAAUGAAAUUCCUACCCACAACCUUCCACACCAGCAAAACAAACGUGCCACUAAGGCAUCAAAUAAGGGGAGAAGAUAAUGGUAAUGACUAAACAAUUUUAUAGAUGCCUCAGAUUCCAAAAUCUAUUUAAUAUAGAAUUUACUAUUUCCUCUCGGUUCGUCUUCUCACCAAACUACUAAUUUCGAAUGCAAAGAAGUGAUCAAAUUCAAACUAUUUUUUCUAUCCUCAAAUGUAUUAGACAAACUUUGCACUGCAACUAACUUAGUAACAGUAUUGUUCUAAGAAAAAAAAAAAAUAAUAAAAACUUAGUAAUAGUAGGUAUUACCUAGAUAGCUAAUACGCAGAAAAGUUAGCCCAGUAAAUCAUAUAGAAGACUUGAAUAUGGCCAUUUAGCAUGAAUUCAUACAUACAUAUAUUUACACACAUAAAACUCAUCAAAGCCAUAAGCAAAAAGAUUAAAUUCACUAAACAAAACAUGUUCCACAAACACAGUAAGUACCAUUUAAAAUUAAACUUUGGAAUCUCUUGUCAAAUUAAAUAAGAAAAAAAAAAUCAGAACCAAAGAAGAACUUCCAACACUAGAAAUCUAAUCAAUGUGCUUUUAUAUUUGUGACGGAACUAUAGGUAGAAACCAUCAUACUUAGAAGCCUGCUCAUAGCUGAAGAACUUGACUGCUGAAUUUGGAACAAUACGUGCACAAUUAGUACCAUUGCCUUUAAAUAAUCCUCUGAAUCCCUCAGUUCUCCAUAUAUAUUUCAGGCCUAAUGGAAUCCAUUUUUUAACUAAAAUUUGAAGGGGAAAAAAUCCCAAAAAUAGUUUUAGGAGCAAGUCGUCAAACAAGAUUACAUGUUUCUUAAAAAAUAAAAACAAAAAACAAAAAUGAUGCCAAACAAGCAAUUUAAAGGCCACAAUAUUUCUUUGAAACCGAAUGGAUUGGGAUGUUGACAAACUUGUCAAGUUGAGUUAGAUUGAGAUCUGAGUUUAUAAAACCUAAUUAUAAUCUAAUUGCAUAAAACCCGGUUCGUAGCACAAAUUGGUUGCAACAAAACCUUUUGAGUUGGGAGAAAAUUUACAGUGAAUGAGAGAAAGAUCACCUAGAGAUACAGUCUGUCAACAUAACAACAAUAGCAAAGAAAAGUUAUGGACUUGGAAUCAAGGAUCAACAUCAUCACCAACAUCUUUAUCUUCUUCUUCUUCUUCUUCUUGAAGUAGCAUCAUCAUCAUCAUCAUUCUUGAAGUAUGCAUGCGCAAGCGCAUCAAGAGCUGAUAUUCUUCUAGCUGGAUUCAGGCAGAGCAUUUCCUGCAUGAAAGUAGGCAAAUUUAACAUAAACUAGAUGGUCUAAGAGAGAGAGAGAGGCAAAAAAAAAAAAAAAAAACAAGAAGAAGAAGGAAGGAUCUUUUUAAUAUAUAGAGAUCAGCA